UGAUAACAGUAUUUAUUUAUGAGCAAAAAUAGAAACUAAAGGUAAUCUCCUGUUGUGAUCUGAGAGAGAGAGAGAGAGAGAGAGAGAGAGAGAUGCAGGGGCAAGCAGAGCUCCACAGGAGGCUCCAAAGCAUAGCUGAGGAUGUGGCCAUCCAACCACAAAUGGUGCUCUGGGUAACACCAUGGUAGAGGAGUGAGAGGAGUGCUCCCACCAUACUUAAGCACGGCACCCCUCUGGGGACAACUCCAUCAAGUGGAAUGAGAAACACUUUAUCUGGGCCCACCGGCGCAGAUCCAACCAAUCAUUAGGAGUACCUGGAAGAGACUAAGCAGGAAGGAGAUGGGGGGGAUUGUAAAAGAGGGGUGCUAGUAACACAGACCAGGCCAAACAGCCUGGUAGGGACCACCAUCUCCUAGAAGGCAGUCACCCGUGCGGGGCCCAUCUGACUCAGGCAGUCUUGGUGAAACCCAAGCUAGGGCUGACUAGGGGCCGACUCUUGAGCAAAUCAGAGGCUAGCAAAAGGCCUCCCCUGUCUUCAGGGGUGGGAAUGGCCAUAGAGUCAUGGUUCCUCAGCUCAUCUGGGGCCUGGCCCUAUGAUGCAGUGUGCCUGUCAGAAGAUGGGAGACUCUCUGGGAGCUUAAACCAGGCCUGUUGGAGACACUUUUAGAAAAGGGAGAAGCUGAAAGCUACGCUACCUGUUUCCUCCCCCAACAUCUGGCCAGGGCCCCCUCUCCAGAUUAGCUGAGAGCCACCUUUGUGACAUCAUGUGAAAAAUAAAGCAGAUGAUGACUUAAGCAGCUGGUUGCCCUGAUACCGAGACUCUAGAAUUUUGUGGACAGUAUUUAUUGGGCACCCUCACUCCCACUGAAGGCAUUUUGGACUUGCUAGGACAGUGAUAAGGGUCUUGGGUACCAAAUGCUCCCGAUUCUGGUGUAGCUCCAUGGCGAGUCAGAAUACUCAACAGGAAUAUGAAGCCAAGCUGGCCCCAUCUGUUGGUGGAGAACCAACAAGUGGGGGCCCAUCUAGUUCAUCACCUGAUCCAAAUCUGGAUUCCAGGGAGGUUUUGGACAGGCACGACGACCAAGCCGUGAGCCAAGACUCAGGUUCCCAAGAUAACCCACCGUCAGAUGACCAAAACCAACGCGUGGCCAGCAUGGAAGACAACCGCAACCUUUUUAGCCUUUCCUUCCCAAGAAAGCUCUGGAUGAUGGUGGAGGAAGACACAUUCCAGUCUUUGAGCUGGAACCAUGAUGGAGAUGCUAUGAUCAUCGAGAAGGAUCUCUUCCAGAGGGAGAUUCUUCAACGGAGAGGCGCAGAGAAGAUCUUCAAAACAGAGAGCUUGAAGAGUUUCAUUCGCCAAAUACACCUCUAUGGAUUCCGUAAAAUACGCCCAAGCACCUCGCCAAGAGACAACAAUAUGAUGAUCUACCACAACUCCAAUUUUCAGAGAGGCAAGCCGUGGCUCCUGGAGAACAUCCGGAGAAAAGGUAACCUCCGAAAAGCCACUCAGCAAGCGACCCACGUCCCAGCUGCAAAGAGGCUGAAGCUGGUAGCCAUAGGACACCCCCUACAUAUCCAUCACAGCGAUGCCAAGGAUGCAGCCAUCAGAAUGUCCCAGGGGGGAAGCCCCAAUGUUCAGGGACCCAGUGGCACCCAGUCCUUCACAUACGCUGGUAUGUGGCCCAAGAACACCAUCACUGGGCAUCCCCCGGGAUCUGGGCCCCCUCAGGAACCAAAUGACCCAAAUUGGGAGGGCACCUCUGAAAAUGUCAUACGUGCAUCUUCGGCUACUAUCUGGAUGAAAAGCACAAGGAAAGUGCCUCGUAGCCUGGUUUACCCAGAUAACAGUAGUGUAAUAUUUUUGUACAGUGACUGCCACUCCAUUCUGUCGGCCUCCCUCUUGCCCAUGACUCCAAACGAGCCCCCCGACGAUGAGGAGGAGCAGAAAGGCUCCUCAGGCUGCAACUGUCCACUCUGUGAACAGUUCAGAAACAAUCCAAAUCCAUGAAUUCACAGGCCACUAAUGCCCAAUAAAGGUUGCCAUUUUCCAAUGAGAAACACAUUUUUGGUCUUAAUAAACAAGAUUCCAUGGAAAUAAUAAAUAAUAAACAAUUUAAAUGAGAA